GUGGACACACAAGCAGGAAUAUCACAGAAGGACAUCUAAUGUUAUCCCCGGAUUGUGACAUAAAAGAUGACAGUAGACAGGAUUCUCCAGGAGAUAACCCCAUUACCCCAAUUAUACAUCCAGCUCUAUCAGCUGAUCCCCCUGAUCCUGGGAAAUGUUCUCCUGAUCACUCUGAUAUUGGUGCAUCUGUUACAGCUCUGAGAGUAGAUACAGUGUUUCCAUGUUCUAUAGAUGCUAAAUGUUUUACACAGAACACAAAGCGUAUUACCCAUCAGCCAGCUAAGGCAGGUGAGAGGCCACUGAUAUGUUCUGAGUGUGGGAAAUGUUUUACACACAAAUCAUCUCUUGUUACACAUCAGAGAAGUCACACAGGUGAAAAGUCAUAUUCCUGUUCUGAGUGUAGGAAAUGUUUUCCACGGAAAUCAGAACUUGUUACACAUCAGAGAAGUCACACAGGUGAGAAGCCAUAUUCCUGUUCUGAGUGUGGGAAAUGUUUUGCAUGGAAAUCAAAUCUUGUUACACAUCAGAGAAGUCACACAGAUGAGAAGCCGUACUUCUGUUCUGAGUGUGGGAAAUGUUUUGCAUCGAAAUCAAAUCUUGUUACACAUCAGAGGAAUCACAUAGGUGAGAAGCCAUAUUCCUGUUCUCAGUGUGGGAAAUGUUUUGCAUCGAAAUCAUAUCUUGUUACACAUCAGAAAAGUCACAGAGGUGAGAAGCCAUAUUCCUGUUCUGAGUGUGGGAAAUGUUUUGCAUCGAAAUCAUAUCUUGUUACACAUCAGAGGAGUCACACAGGUGAGAAGCCAUAUUCCUGUUUUGAGUGUGGGAAAUGUUUUGCAUGGAAAUCAAAUCUUGUUACACAUCAGAGGAGUCACACAGGUGAGAAGCUAUUUUCCUGUUCUGAGUGUGGGAAAUGCUUUACAUAUAAAUCAUAUCUUGUUACACAUCAGAAAAGUCACACAGGUGAGAAGCCAUAUUCCUGUACUGAGUGUGGGAAAUGUUUUGCAUUGAAAUCAGAUCUUGUUACACAUCAGAGAAGUCACACAGGUGAGAAGCCAUAUUCCUGUUCUGAGUGUGGGAAAUGUUUUGCAUGGAAAUCAAAUCUUGUUACACAUCAGAGAAGUCACACAGAUGAGAAGCCGUACUUCUGUUCUGAGUGUGGGAAAUGUUUUGCAUCGAAAUCAAAUCUUGUUACACAUCAGAGGAAUCACACAGGUGAGAAGCCAUAUUCCUGUUCUGAGUGUGGGAAAUGUUUUGCAUCGAAAUCAUAUCUUGUUACACAUCAGAAAAGUCACACAGGUGAGAAGCCAUAUUCCUGUUCUGAGUGUGGGAAAUGUUUUGCAUCGAAAUCAUAUCUUGUUACACAUCAGAAAAGUCACACAGGUGAGAAGCCAUAUUCCUGUUCUGAGUGUGGGAAAUGUUUUGCAUGGAAAUCAUAUCUUGUUACACAUCAGAGAAGUCACACAGGUGAGAAGCCGUACUCCUGUUCUGAGUGUGGGAAAUGUUUUGCAUGGAAAUCAGUUCUUGUUAAACAUCAGCGAUUUCACAAGUGAGAAUCCAUUUUCAUGCUGAGAGAUAAAUAAAUCUGCUCUUGUUGAACAUAUUAGACAUUACCCAAGCACGGAACCAUUUAAAUCUUCUGGAGUAUAAUUAUCACUGUCGUGCAUGUUCCUCAAGGGUCAAUCCUAUCUCCUAUGCUUUAUAAAAUAUACAUGCUACCAUGGGUUAUAUAAUCAGACAUCAUGGCCUGGUCUACCACUGCUAGGCAGAUGACCUGCUUUUUGCUCCAUGUACUGAGAACCUAAUACCAAUCCUAAAUGGUUGUCUAGCUGAGCGCCAGGGGUGGAUGAUGCCAGCCCAGCAUUACAUGGUCCAAGGUACUAGAAGCAGCUUCUGCCUCCUUACUGCCCCGCUUGCUUACUUCUAAAGAUGAAGGACUGUUACCAGCAGUACCAAGAAUCCUCUCUCAUUCAUUCAAGGGUUGAACGUUUAGCUUUGCAGCCCUGACCAUGGAACUCACUGCCUUGCACAGUCCAAGAGGCCUCCAAUCUAGAGACCUUCACAAGCAGACUGAUGACUGUUACUCACGCUUUUCAUUAAUGUACCUCUAUUUCUCUGACGUCCUAGUGGAUGCUGGGAA